AUGACUUAUUGUCCUAAAAAGCCGUCUUCAUCCCUUGGGAUUGCACGACUCCUACGGAUUGGUCUCCCUUUGAUCAUGGUGAAAGUCCAUAAUGGAGUUUGGGUCAGACGAACCCCUCCAAACCUGGAGGAAUAUAAGCUUAACAGGGAUGGGUCAGUUCAGAAUAAUAUAUGUAUAGGUAAGCUCUUCUGUCUAAUGGAGAACAAACAAUUCAAGGGAUUGGAUGAGAACCGGAACUGGGCUGCCCUAGGAUGUGACAUACUAGUGAAAAUGUUCAUGUCCCUUAGCACUACGGAUAUCGUCUUGGGCAUUUUUGAAGAUAACUACCUCACUGAAAUCAAAGUAAUGAACCCUUUUGAUUAUGAAUCUGCAAAUACCUUGUUUGGUAAUCUUCCUCAACUCAAAGUUUUAAGUCCGAGGUGCACCAUAGUUCCCAAAGAUGCUUUCAGAAUCACAUUGAUGAUCUUCGAUUUUCUGAAGGUCGAGAACAUAAGUCACUGUCUCCUCGUAGAUACAGAUAUAAAUGAAUGCUUAACUAGAUUAUCCUGGGAGAAUGAUUCUUCUACUCUUGAAAAAGCUUCACGGCUUGAGAAGUUGGUGUCGUGUCAGGAUUAG